UUCCAAAUAUUUGUUAAAACACCAGUUGAAAUUGGAACUAUUAAAAUUCAAGUUCAACCAACUGAUACAUUAUCAGAUAUUCAAACAUUUUUAUAUGAAACUACAGAAACAUGUCUUUAUUCAUCAUAUGAAUUUAGUUUCAACGGUGUUUCUUACUCAGAAUUUUCAGAAUUAUCAGCAAUUGAAGGUUUUGGUGAAGGCUCAACAUUAGAAAUGGUUCCAGUUAAUUAUAAUGAAAGAACUUCUAAACUUCAUGUCAAAAGAUUAAGAGAUAUUAUGAGCACUGGCUUAACCGAAUUUUCCAACAUGAGCAAUCCAUCAUUAUUUGCAAGUUUCUCAUUCCCAGAAAAAUCAAAUUAUUUAACUGAAGAACAAAAAAAUGAAAAAUUAAAUGAAUUAAUUAAAGAAGCUGAAGGUGAAGUUAAAAACGAAACUGAAACUGAAGCCGAAGAAAAGAAACAACAACCAAAACAACAACCAAAACAAUCAAAGAACUCAAAUAAAAAGAAUAAGAAACAAUCAAAUGAAGUAGAAUCAGUUGAAGAAAGUGAAAGUUUAUCACCAUACCAAAAAGAAAGAAAAGAAAAAUUAACAGAAAUUAAAGGUAUUGAUAAACCAUUAUUAAGCAAUUAUUUCCCAUCUUCACCAUAUCAAAUGGUACAAUGCGUUAGACAAAUGAUUAAUAGUGGCUGGUCACCAGUUCCAGGAUUCAGAAAGCUUUAUGGUGAUUUAUUCUAUUUAGAUAUUACUCUUUUAGAAGGCACUACAAUUUGUGUCACUGCUGGCAGUCAAGGUUUCUACGUUAAUUCAUCAACUCAUUCAAACUUCAACCCAACACCAAAAUCUGAAGUUUUCCACAGUCUUCAUCAAUUAUUAAAUCAACAAAGCAGAUUAUUCCGUCGUGGUCUCUCCCAAGUUCUUCAACAAAUUUCAAAGAACCACGCUUUCGAUUUACUUCCAUCUGCAACACCAGUUCAUAAUUGGGUUUCCUCCAACAGAGUUAAUCGUUAUGAUCUCAACAAAGCUGCUGAUAGUUUAUUAACUAUUCAAGAUUUAGAAUUACGUGCACACCCACGUGAUUGGAAUGAAGAAAUUCAAGGUCCAAAAGAACUUCCAAAAACCACUGUUCAAGAACGUAUUAUUAGAGAUCGUGCUAUUGCUAAAGUAAAUGCUGAUUUUGUUGAAUGCGCAACCCGUGGUGCUCAAAUUGUUGCUGAUAAAGCUCUUCCACCAAUUAAUCCAACCGAUCCAGAAAGAAGCCAUAUGUACUUAUACAAUAAUAUCUUUUUCAGUCAUGCUCUCGAUACUCGUGACACCUAUAAAGAUUGUGGUGGUGAUGCUGCUGCUCGUACCUCUGCCAAUAAUGACUUAAAAGGUAUUCGUCUUUAUAAUUUAGCCGAUGUUGAAGGUCUUUACACAUUAGGUACUGCUAUUAUUGAUUACAAAGGUCAAAGAAUUAUUGCUCAAUCAUUAGUUCCAGGUAUUUUAAGUAACGAAAAAACUUCACAAAUUCACUAUGGUUCAACUGACAAUCAAACUGAAGAAGAAGCCGCCACCAGUGGUCAACCAACUAAAAAAUCAAUUAAAUCUGAUGAAGAGUUCCACAAACUUUUAACUCAAGUUGCAUCUCAAAUUCAUCUUUCUGAAAGUGUUGUUGUCUCUGAAGAAACCAAUGAACCAGUUACUAUUUGCACUGCCUUUGAAUCUAAAGGUAUUAUGGGUAUUGAUGGUCGUCGUUAUGUUUUAGAUUUAGUUAGAGCUACCCCACGUGAUCCAAAUUACCCAGAAUUAAAAGAUCAAUUAUGUUUACUUAGACCAGAAGUUAUUGCUACUUUCACAGAUUAUAUUAGACUUACUUAUAUUUCACAAAAGAAAGCUCAAAAACAAAAAGAAAGAGAAGAAAAAGAAAAGAAUACACCAAAGAAAGAGGGCGAAGAACAAUCAACCUCAUCAAAUGAUAUUGAAUUAACCGAAGAAGAACUCAAACAAUGUCAACCUCUUGCUUUUAAUCCAAAUCUUUACACCCCAAUUAAAUUAGGUGGUACUGAAGAAGAACAAAAGAAAGAUAUUGAAAACUUAAAAUCAGUUGGUGUUUUCCUCAAGACUGUUUUAAUUCCAAAAUUAAUUGAAGAUUUAAUGCUCUUCAAUGUUGCCCCAGUUGAUGGCCAAACUUUAACUUCAGUUAUGCAUAACCGUGGUAUUAACAUGAGAUAUUUAGGUUUAAUUGCUAAAAACGAAGGUGCUGCAACUGUUCCAUUCAUCCAAGAUCUCUUCUUUAACGAAAUGGUUUCAAGAGCUGCCAAACAUGCAAUGAACAAACUCUUACGUAACACCCAAUCAUCAGAUUUAGCCAAUGCCAUUUCACAUUUCUUAAAUUGCUUCCUUGGUACCGAAACUGGUUCAGUUACCCAAGACGAAAAGAAUAAAAAAGCUAAACAAAUUAAAUCAAAUGCUAUUACUGAACUCACCCAAGGUAAACUUUGGGCUGAAAUUGCUGACCUCGUUAAAGCCAAAUAUGACUUUGAAAUUCCAACUCACUCUGUUCCAAUGGAAUCACGUUUAAUUGUCUUAAGAAAUUUCUGUAUUAAAAUGGGUAUCCAAAUUUUAGCUAAAGAUUACAACUUUACUACCGACCAUCCAUUCACAAACGAAGAUAUCGUCGAUUUAGUACCAGUUGUUAAACAUCUUUCACCAAGAUCAACUGAUGGUUUAGAUUUAUUAGAGGCUGGUAAAACAUUCUUCAACCAAAGAAGAUUCGACCUUGCUGUUGAUUUCAUCAGUGAAGCUCUCGCAGUAUACCAUCAAGUUCAUGGCCCAAUUCAUCCAGAUGCCGCUUCAUGUUUCACCCAUUUAGCAAUGUUAGCAUUCCAAUCAGAACAAUUUGAUCUUGCUAUUGACCAUCAAAAGAACUCUUUAAUCAUUCACGAAAAAUGCUUUGGUUUUGAUCACAAUGAAACUGUCAACUCUUACACCAAUCUUGCUAUUUUCUGUCAACACGCUGGUCGUUUCAAUGAAGCCAUGGGUUACUUAAAACAUGUUCUUUAUUUAGUUGAUUUAUUAGGCGGUGAAUAUAACCCAGAACGUUCAUCAGUAUACACUACCAUAUCAUCACUCUUAGAAGAAACUGGUAAAUUUGAAUUAGCUCUCGAAUUCCUUCAACAUACUCUCAAACAUCAAGAAUUUGUAUUUGGUGUUGAUCACCUUAUGGGUAGCACUACUCUCCACAAAAUGUCAAUUAUCUGUGCAAAGAAUAGCAACUUUAAAGAUGCCAUUGAAUACCAAACCAAAUCAUGUGCUAUUGUCGAAAAAGAAUUAGGUGCCGAACAUGAUCGUACUAAAGAAUCAAAAGAAUUUUUAAAUUCAAUGACCCAUACCGCCAAACAAAUCGAACAAAUUAGAAAAUUCCAAGCCAUUAGACAAGAACAAGAAGAAAAAGAAAAAAUCUUAAAAGAACAGCAACAACAACAAGUUAAACAACAACAACAUAUUCGUAAUAUCACCGCCAAUGCUCCACCAUCAUCCGGUUCAGUAAACGAUAUUUUAAAUUAUAUUAAUGGUAAACCAAAAUUAACCCAAAAAAGCAAACCAGCUAUUAAAAAAACUGGUUCCACAUCAACCCCAAAAUUAAAUAAUAACAAUGCCUCUUCAAGUAUUACUGCUGCCGCUGCAAUUGCUGCUGCCAAUAAAACUUUAAAUUCACAAACUAAAAAAGAAUCAACCACCACAACUACAACCACCAAAUCUUCACCAAAAUCCAGUGCCAAUCCAAAAAAAAAUAAGGCCAACGAAAAGAAAUAA